GAAUUCUUAAUUAAGUGCAGUGAUGGCGGAAAGUGAAGCAAGAACCGACUCGCUUAAUAACGAGACAUUGUCUACAGGUAAAAAUACAACGGGGAAAGUAAGCCAAAACCAAAGCCUUAAAUUAAUUCAGUUGUCUUGCUUUUUGCCAAAAAAUUAUUAUGUGCAUUUUAGUAGUUAAAGAAUUAGUGUCACACCAAUGUAUCGCGGGCUUUUGUUGCAGUUUUUAUCUUACUCAAAAUCAACAAAUAACGUUCAAAAACUCAUUAAUAAUUCAUUAGGAAAAAACAAAGGAAAAUCAUAAGCGUGUUGUAUCUUUAUAUGUGAUAGAGAUUUCUCUUGAUUUUCAUCAACUUUAACUCUGAUUUUUUCGACUUGCACAACGUAUUUUUUAAAAAUUACUUCGCCAAGCCUUACUACCUCGAUUUUUUUUUGAAGCAAUUUAAAACAUUCGCAGUGCGUGUUUUAUCAGAGCUAAACAUACUCGGCUUGCGUCUUAUGUUUUAAAUAGUACAUAAAAGUGCGUUACUUCUACAAAGUAUCUAAGAAUAAUCUGUCAUGUGGUUACUCCAGUCAUUUGCAGGAAUCUAUUCAAUAAUUGAUUAUUAUUACACAAAGUAGUAAUUUUCAUCCUUUUACAAAGGUUUCCAAAAAGAUAUCUGCAAGGAACAUGGCAAUUGGUUGACUGUUGGCGAACUAAUUCGUUCCAUCCAGAGACCAAUUUCUAACUACGUCGACGAAAUCGUCAAAGCAUUCCACGAAAAGCUGUGCAAAGAUUUGCUCCACGCUGGCAAUUGCAAAAGUCCUGAACAUUGCAAUAAAAAGACCAAGGACGGCGAUCUAUGUAAAUCAUGUAAAUGCUGGUUUAAGAAGCUCGAGGCGUCGCAUGAAAAGAGUAACAAUCCCUCAUGGCAUAAAAACUGCAAAAGCGCUGAAUGGUCUGAAGAUCACUGGGAGGUGGCGAAAUUCUACAUGCCUGCACUUGGAUCUAACCUUAGUUCUACAAAAGAUGCUGAAUCUACCGACAUUUCUUCCCUUCUCAACGUACUCGAAUGGAUGAAGGACGGGGCGUUUCUUGGUAAAGUUCGAGUCAUCGUGGAUCUUGUAAGAAAACUUCGUUCCCAAGUAAGAAAUACCUGGGCACAUGCACCAAAACAAGAACUCAGCGACGACGAAAAGUUCGAAAGUUUCUCGAUUGCCACCGACUUUCUUCAAGAUCUGGAGAAGGUAUUUUCCCAUCCAGAAAACGCACAGUGUUUGGAGCAUUUCGAACACUUGAAGACAACGGAGUUACCAACGUUGCUGAAAGUGAACGUCAUAGCUUCCAGUUAUUUCACUACUUGCUUAACAACAAUAAAGAAGAGAUCGCAACAAUGAAAGUUGAGCGUUCAUCCGACAAAAGCGCGAUUGAAUAACAUGAACAAAGGCUGAAGAAAUUGGAAUAUGGAUUGAGUAAUGAAUGGUCCCAAAGAACGUCUGAUUUUGAAAGUUUGAAAGAAAACUUUAAAGACAAACGACAACCAACGAGUUGCUUACCAGAUAAAUUGCCAAUGUUCACCGCUCGCGAAGCCGAGAUCCAAAACGUCAUCACUUUCCUGAAGGAUGAAGGAAAAGCCGUUGUGUCUCUCCAUGGCGGACCUGGGUUUGGCAAGACUGCAAUCGCCAUCGAGGUGUCGCAUCAACUUAGUGAAGACCACAAGAUUCCAGUUGUUUUCUUUCAAUUAACCACCGCAACCACUGUAGAUGAAAUGGUUCUACGACUGUGUCGCGAUGUUGGUAUUUAUCAUGAAAAUGACCUUAAGUCAUCGUUGAUUCUCUGGUUAAAAAAUGUCAAAUGCAAAGUAAUUUUUGUUAUGGACAACAUCGACAACCUGCUUGAAGAGAAGACAAGCUUCUACGAGUUUGCUGCGAAAGAGUUCAAAUCAGCAUUGUCAGAUUGUUACGACUUCCAGAACUUCCUGUGAAAUUCGCGAACUCUUAACUGGUGAAGUUCAAGUUGACGAGAUGGAUGAUGAAGCAUGUAUAGAGCUUUUGAGAAAACAAUGCCCUGAUCAGGAAGAUGAAUUUUUGCGAAGAUUGGCUGAACUUUGUGGCAAAAUACCUCUUGCUAUGUGCAUCGCAGGUUCCCGAGUUGACGACUUUGAAAAUUCUGAUGAAUUAUUAUACCACCUGCAAAACCAACCAAUGGAGAUUUUGGAAUGUCCUGAGAGUGAUCAGUACGUUUAUCGAGCUAUCAACAUGUCUACUUAACAUGUCUCUAGUGAAGAAAAAGAAACGUUGUGCCGUUCGGCAGUUUUCGAGGGAAACUUCAGUGAGGAUGCCGCCAGAGUCGUGAUCGAGAAAGAGAAACUAGAUACUAAACGUGUCUUGAAGAAACUUGUUCGCCGAAGCUUAAUCAAACAAACAACCAACCAAGCACCGAUACUCCAUUCAUCUCCUGAUCAAACAUUUUUUAAAGCAUAAACAGGAAAGCGAAAACGAAACAGCAGAACGAGUGCGUACACAAAUGAUGCGUGCGGAAGUGCUUGUGGUUAAAUACUGCUUGAAGUUGGGACACGACCUAACGAUGAAAAGUUACUCCAAAGACGGGUACAAAGCAAACAGAGAAGCUAUAAAGCAGGAAGCGCACAACAUCCACAACGUGCUCAAAAUUUGUUGUCAGCAGAAAGAUUGUUUGUUAGCAGACCAAGAACGCAGCAAAUCAAUUGCCACUGGUAAAUCUGACGAGUAUUUCAAUAAGAUGGCAGAAAUCAUGAGAGAGUUCGAUACGCACUAUGAAGAUUUAAAAAAAGACAAGUCGCUUUGUGCUCAUUACUAUUUCCAGUACGGGAGAUGUCUGUCAUGUAAAUCUGAAAGUCAAGUGAUAAAGCACGCGUAGAUAUGCAAGUUGACGCACGUAAACAGCUGGAAAAAUCGUUAGAAUUCAGGAGAAUGUUACCGGAGACAUCCGUGGGAAUAGCAGAUAAAGUGUUCUCAUUAUUUCAGCAGGGAAAUAUAUGCAAGAUUAAUUCUGCAACUGAACGUUUCCAGGAUAAAAGUAAUAAAUUCAAAGAAUCGUUGAUAUACAAGCACAAAAGUAUUACAAAAAAGCUAUACAGUUGUCCCAAAACCAUCUAGGUAAGCACGAGCUCACAGCAUCAUGUUACAAACGUCUCGGAGAUCUAUUCUUAAGUGACAGGGAACCUGAACAGGCGAAGGAUAAUUACACCAUUGCUAAAGAAAUGCGAGAAGAUCUUGAACUUUACGCCAGUGAAAGACACGUUUGUCUGCUUAACAACCUUGGAAUAUGUUUGACCCAAAGCAACCGUGCAAAUGAAGCUAUAGAAGUUUUGGAAAGUGCUUGCGACAUGGCCGAAAAACUUGCUGAAAGCGACGAGCCAAAUGUCAGCAAGACAAAGGUCUAUACAUCAUUAGCCAUUGCUCACCAUUCAUGGUAUUCCAAAGAUGCUGUAAAAUACGCCAUAAAGCACUGGAGUUAGAUAAAGUACAGAAUUUCAUUAAAGACUACGAGUACAAGAAACUUUUGAAAAUUUUACAAAGAAACGCUGGAAACAACUGCAUUAAAUACACACUGCAUGGACUUUUUAAUUAAAAUGUUUGAAUGCGUUACGGUUGAACAUUUUAUAUCGUAUUUCUAAAAUGAAAUGUUUAAAUGGUGUAUAAGAAACGCCAAAAAAGCACUAGACGAAAAAAGACACAAUCCAAGUAUAUGGAACUUCACUAAAUUUUAUCAAACAAUGUUGGAAACAACUAAAUGUAUUGGUUUUGAACGCUACCCCACCAGGCACACGACGUUGUUUCAACGUUGAAAUUUGGUAGAAAAAAGGUUGCGACGUCGACAACCUAAUAUCUACGUUGCUCUGACGUUAUUUUACAAACGUUGGUUCAACAGCAGCCAACUUACGUUGAAUUAACGUUCGUUCAUGGUUAAAUGUACGACGUCGAUUUGUGAACCAAUCUCAACGUUGUUUUAACGUGGAUUCCACGUUGAAUUAUGGUUGACGAGAUUGGCAACCUAAUUUCAACGUUGUUUCAACGUCGAAACAGUAACGUCGAUCCAAUUUGCAUAGUCAACCCUUUUUCAACGUCUAUCCAACGUCUGGAAGGUCAUUUCCAACGUUGAUUCAACGUUGGAUAAACGUCAUUUUGCCCGCUGGGACGUUUUAACUUUUAUAUCUAAUAUGUUUUUAUCUAAAUCGUGAAUAUAAAAAUGCUAAGACUAUAUGCCAGUUUACAAUUAUAGAUGCACUGAAAACAGUUUAUUAUGCAAGUUUAGCAUCUUAAAUUAAUAUAGAAUUUUCUAUGGUAGAUAUAAGCUGAUUCAUGUAGAUUGAUUUGUGCACUUAAUAUAGUUGAGUCUCUUAACAUAGGCAGCUCAAAAAUACGUGUAGAAUGCACCAAAUGAACCAAAUAUCAAUUCAUAAAUAAGCUCGCCGCAUUCUAGAUCUACACGUAUUUUUCGGCUGUCUAUUGUCUUAAAUAAAUGACUUCAAAGGAAAUUAACGACAAAAAAAAUUAUUGCAUCAUCAGUAGUCUAUCGACACUAUGAGCAAAAACAAGAUUGCCCGAGAUUUCUUUGGAACGUUACAGAACUUGCAUGUCUUUAUCCAGUCUUUCCCAAAGCGAUAUAGUGUUUAUGUGAAGAAUCAGAGGGAAAUUAAUGCCCAUGCCGGAGGAGGAGAAAAAAGGGAGUAUACCCUUAAGAAGCUAUCUGAUACUAGAUUGGCUUGUCGUGCAGACAGUACGUAUAGCAGGAAUACACCGUACUUUAGAUGCUGUAAUUGCAACGCUGAAGGAGGUUAGGGAAAUGAAACAUUGGCCAUUGCAGCUGAGGCAAAGGGACUUUUGCAAAAUAUUCAAGACUUUGAAUUCAUUGUAGCUCUAGAGGUAAUUUGAAUAAUUGAACUGUUAUUUUUUUAAAAAAAUAUGUGUAUAAUAAAAACUGUUCUUUUUAAUUUGUUCUAUUUUAUCGCAAGGUGCUAAAAAGGGUGCUGCAUCUUAGUAAAGGGGUUUCAGACAAGCUUCAGUCCGAAGGCCUCGACGUUAUUUCAGGAUGUGAGAGAGUAGCUGAUCCUCUUACUGCAAUUAAGGCUCUUCGAUGCGAUGUGAACUUUGAAGAUUUCUGGUUUGCAACCCCAGAGAGAUGCGCAAAAUUGGGAAUCGAGGUGCCAAAAGAAAAGCGUCCUCACGAGGCUCUUCGGAGACUGGAUGAGAACCCAGAUACAGCCGCUCAGGUUUCAGUCAAAGACAAGUUUAAAAUUUUCUUUUUCUACAAUGUGAGUUUUUAAAACGAUUCAUAAUGUGACCAAUGUCUUAGAGGUGUUAAUUUCACAAUCUUUAUUUAAUUAUGAGCAACUCGAUUGAAACUCGUUUUAACAUGGAAAGUACAGCUGUCCUCAAAGGCCUCGGAUACCUACAUCCUGCUCGAAUAUCGCAUUCAUAAGCAUGGGAAAGCAUUUCUGUAGCGGCAAAAUGGUUCGAGAAUGAUAUUCAUUUGGAGGCUUUGGAGAGUGAAAUAUUUUCGUUACAGCUAUCAUCAUUGGUAACAGACGUCCUUGAAAAGGCCGUAUCUGAGAAACGGAAUCCCGAUUUUCUUGAUUUGUUCAAGGCUUUACAGGCUGAACCCCAGUGUUAUGGUUGUGUUAGCAAAUUGAUGGAAAUUGCUUUAACACUUCCAAUCACUUCAUGUAGUGUCGAAAGAGUGUUUUCGAAGUUGAAGAUAGUCAAAUCGGGACUGAGAUCUACUAUGAAUCAAAACAGGCUUGAAAACCUUAUUCACAUGUCGGUGGAAGUGGAUUUGCUGGAGAAUCUUGACUUGGACAGCCUAGUUCAGAAGUUUACUGAUUGUGCUCCCAGAAGAAUGAAUUUGGUUUAG